CGGCCCAAAAAGUCCUGGCAACACUGAUGGUCAGCCAUUUUUAGCAGGGGUGGUUCAAUGUACUAGGGAAGCAUCGAUACAUCAACGAUUUAUACAUCGUGUGGCAAAAUAUUUGAAUCGAAGCAAAACAUCGAAGUUAUCGACGCAUCGAUGUUUUUCCGACAUUCCUAUUUGGUGCAGCAAAGGAUUUCUACUAUUCCAAAUCAAAACUUGCUUCAAUAUUAUUUGGUUGAUUAGCUAAUAUGCUUUCUAUUGAUGACGAAGAUCAUUCCUCCGGAGAUAGUGCUUCGGAAGAAUUUUCUGAUUCUGAGUUCGAAGAUGAGUCCAGUAUCGACUACGCAGCGUUCAGCGCAAGAUACAUGGGAGAGAUUACUGAUUUGUUGGGCACACAUAGUCAUGUAAAUUGCGAGAACGCUUUGUUGCUUAACCAGGAGAUGCAACAACGUUUGGUAGAGGUGCGAAAACGUUUACAAACUUUGUUACAAUCCGUACAGCUGCGAUACCUUGCCAACGAGCAACGAUUAAAGAUGAAUCUGGGGAAGAAGCAACGAGGUGUUGGUAUACGUGGCGCAUACCUGAAGGGCGGAACUUUUUUUUUCAAAGGGAAUAUGUUUUUCAAAGAUCUUAACUGUCGGAAUUGUCCAAACAAUGAGGACUACGAAUAUCGGAGAAAUGUAGAAGGCGAAAUGUUCCCUAUGGACUUUGAAUUGUGCAGUAGACAUGUUUGGUCACUAUUAGAUAAAAGGGCUGUGGUGCAAGCUGUAAAAGAGCAGAUUAUUGAUUAUUUAGCUGACCGCAAAUUUCGGGAUAAAAAUAAUAAAUCGAAAAAGCUUGAACUUGAAAUAAAAGUACAUACAGAGAAGGUGGCAAGCCUAUUGGCACAAGUGGAUGAUAAAUUCCAGAUUGAUUGGGCGCAGGUGUCUGCGCAUAACUUAAACUAUCGGCAUUCACCCAGCAGUUGUAAAGCAAUGUGGCAAGUAUACUUACAUCCCAUACUGAAACGUAGCUCAUGGACUGAGGUAGAGAAGAGACGUCUCCUUCAAGCAGCACGGAAGCAUAAUUAUCAAAAUUGGGAGAUCAUUGCAACGGCAGUUCCGAAACGUUCAGAUUAUCAAUGUUUUAUACAGUAUCACACUUCUGUAUGUUAUACGGAUACUCAACGCUAUGGGCGUUGGGAUAAACGUGACGACAAAAAACUUCUCGAAGUGAUCGAGAAAAAAACAACGAACGGUAUCGUAGAAUGGAAUGCCGUCGCUCCGUAUUUCCCGCACAAAUCGAAGAAAGCGUUACACCAGCGGUACCUAUAUUAUUUGCAUCCAAAGAUUAGCCAUGAACCAUUUACAGCAGAAGAGGAUCUCAUACUACUAGCAGCAGUAGAAGAAUAUGGUGAAAAAUUCGCUUUAUUUCCGCGAACACUUUUUCCAAAUCGCUCAAUAACGCAACUGCGCAUGCGCUAUAGGAACACGCUGCAAACGCGACAUAAACUAGCUCCCUGGACCGUGGAAGAUGAUAAGAAGCUUAUGGAAUGUAUAUCCGAGCACGGCACAUCAGCUUGGUUACGGUGCGCUGAAGUGCUAGGAAAUCAUAAUCGCAUCAGCUGUCGUACACGUUUCGUAACCAUACAGAAAUUUUUUGUUAAAAAUCCAGAAGCAACAAUCGAAGAUAUACCACGAAAGAAGACAUGCAUAAUGAAGAAUAGUGUCAUAACAACGCAGAAUUGGGUGGAAAAAGUUGCUGAGCUACGUGAUAAUCCUGACGCCGUGCUUAUACCCGAACGUAAAAUAUAUGCAAAACAGAAGGGAAAAUCAAAAGCCAAACGAAAUAAAUGCCUUAAAGGUGAAGAAGAACUGAAAUGUGAAAUACAAAAAGAGAAGGAGGAAUUAGUAGAAGACAGUAAGGCACAAAUAAUAGCGCCAAAAGAAGAAAGUGGUACAGAAACGCCUGCGCCAGAAGUGGAAGAAACAAUUCCGAACACCUCAUUUCCAGAGUGUGACACGCAAACGCCAUUAGGCAUAAAAAAGAAAAAAGUUCGAUAUGUAGAACGCUUGCGGGCGGUUGAACUGCAACUCUAUAAUUUUUUCAAGUACGCCUACAAUUUUCGAUUAGGCACAGAUGUAUGCACCAAGCCGCCAAAUGUGUUUUUGCGUACGGUGGCAUCUUCUCUCGAAUUCCGGCCAGAUCCUACGCGGCCAUAUGUUACGGAUACUUUGCUGUCGAAGUAUAUUGGACGGCGAUGUAAGUUUUACCUUAGUACUGCACGUGAAGGCGAAGUACUUAGCCAUGCGUUCGGCGCCACACUGCCUCCCAGCUGGCCGACAGCAAUGGCAUUCCGAGCACUUUGUGUGCAAUCGUCGCAGGUACAAUUAGAAGAUGCGAAAAAUGAUGAGCAUAAUGAAGAAAGCAAACAUUGUGAAAUUGAUAUGAAUGCCGCGGUGCAAAGUUUUCGCAAACGUAUGCGUACAUUGCUAUACCAAACAGCGCUUUUGAGUCGUCUACAGCCAACCCGUUUCCCAGAAUUAAUGCAAAGCAUCCCUUCUGAGCAUACAACGGCAGAUUUGGCAAUAAUGGAUGAUAUCAGAGAAGAAACAACUUCAUCUGUUUAUGAGAUAUCAACAGAAAAUUCAUUAUUCGAUUUAACGCGCGUAAAAACCGAAUAUUCCGAAACACCAGAAUUUCUGCCAAACCAUGAAUCAUUUCCAGUGAUAGAAGGUAACCUAAUGGAAACAAGUGAUAAAACACCGAAAGCUGAAGUUUUUGAUAAACAAAAGAGAAUUGAAAGACCAGAAGAAUUGCAAUUUUUAGGAGAAGAGGAAUUACGAACAACUCCGGAAACAUUAGUACUGUCCGAAAAUAUAACCAGAGUGUGCAAAGCGAGCCCUUCACAUUCAAGCGCUGAGCAAAUGGUGUUAUUCGAAGUUACUUAUAUUGAUGACGACCCUACAACGACUACCUUUCAACCAGUAAGCGAUUCACAUUGCAUUGAAGAUGGGCAACAAUAUCACAGCGGCGAACAUUCCACGGCCAUUGAAAACGUGCCAAAGAAUUGUGGAACUCAAUUACCUAACGUGGCAGAAAAACGAAAAUUGGGACUUACACUGUCAACUGAAGAAGAACCCGCACAAAAACGCAUUUACAUUGAGUCCCGCUGUAACAGUGACGAUGAUUAUAAGUCUGAAGAUAUAAAGACUGAGUUUUGAGAUAUCUAUACAUAGUUUAAACGGCAGCCUACAUACAUAACGUCGUCAUAAAAGCAAAACCACUACAUGAAGAUUGUAAAAUUUAGAGCGGACUCAACAAAUUUUUAUUCGUACUAAAAUUUUAUGUUUUUAAAGUUUGCACAUAAAUUUUUGCAUUAUGCACGACGAAAUGUUUAUAGAAUGUGGAAGACUUGUAGACAGCAAAACGGCAUUUUUAGCUGGUUUCCUGUACAAUGGGCUAGAAUAGGCUAGAAAGGACAGGAAUUUAAAUUUCAGCAAGCUAAGUUGGCCUCGCUUAUUGAAUUUAGGCGAGUUCAUGCCUUUUUUCAUAUAAAAAUACACAAAAUAACGCCAGCGUCCGGCCUAACUCAGCUUUUCAAUUCAUUCCAGACUUUUAAUUUGUGGUAAUAAUUAAAAUGGUUCCAGUUCGUAGGCACGUUUGGAUUCGAAAGAGGCCAUGAAGUCAUAAUUUAAACCACGUUCAAGGUACCUUUUUUUUUAGCGUAUACAAACCAGCGACGACGAAUUGUAAAUUUUAGCAAGAAAAUUCGCUUUUAAUGAAUGUACCGCAAUAGGUAGCAUGUAAUUACAUAUCUGCCAAAACAGUGGUGGUAUUCAGGUUCUAGAACACCUUUUUGGGUGCUUGCGCAACUCAAACGGAAGGCAUAGUAGAUAGAUAUGCACUAUGUAUGUAGAUAUGCACGAAUAAGUAAACACAUUGAUAUAUAUGUAUACAUAUGUAUGUGUAUUUUAUUUCUUCUUUGUUAAUAAUGGUUAAAUACUCGCGUACAUACAUACAUUUUGAAUUUAUAACUCUAAAUGCUUUAUUUCCUUCAACUUUCCAUAACACUGCUUCAUUUCCAAUCUCCAUGUUUCUUUAUAUAAUACGUUUCUCCAUUACACUUUCAUUAAAUAG